AUGGUACAACAACCACAAAUACCACCACAACUACCACAGCCACCAGUACCACCAUCACAAUCAUUACUUGCGAGAUUGCUAACUCUUCGUUUUGUAAUUAUUCUGAUCGGUGCAUAUACGGUUGUAAUUAUUUGUACGUCAUCAUGGAUUAAUAUAAAAAUUUUUGGUGAUGAUGGUGAUAAAAUAAAUUUAAAUGAAAUUAUUGAUCAUAGUCGAGUUGAUCAAAAUGAACUUGAACUACGACUUCGUUACAUGGAACGAAGAAUCAGUUAUUUAAAUAAAAAACCUGAUGUUGAUGUUGGUAUUGAUGGUCAAUAUUCAGUAUUUAUUGAUCAAUGUUAUUUUUAUGAAGAACCAAAAUAUAUAUAUUGUUUAUGUAUGUUUAAAGAUGCUAAACAAAUGUCAAUUGUUGGUGAUACUGCAAUAAUAAUUGGAUAUUGGAAUUCAUGGGCUGGACCAGCAAAUAAUAAAUAUUUAAAAAUGAAAUAUUCGAAUGGUGAUACAUGUUGGAAUGGUCCAGCCCGAUCAUUAAUAGUUACAUUUGAAUGUGGAAUUGAAAAUCAAAUUGUUAAUGUACAAGAGCCAAAUCGAUGUCAAUAUACAAUAACAUUCAAAACACCAUUACUAUGUGCUAAAGCUAUUACUGAAGAAUUACUUGAUAAACAUGAAGAACUUUAA